AUGGUCCGCACUUCCGUUCUCCACGAUGCCCUCAACAGCAUCAACAACGCCGAGAAGGCCGGCAAGCGUCAGGUCCUGAUCCGACCUAGCUCCAAGGUCAUUGUCAAGUUCCUCCAGGUCAUGCAGCGCCACGGCUACAUUGGCGAGUUCGAGGAGGUCGAUGACCACCGCUCCGGCAAGAUUGUCGUCCAGCUGAACGGCCGUCUCAACAAGACUGGUGUCAUCUCCCCCCGCUACAACGUCCGCCUGGCCGACCUCGAGAAGUGGGUCGUCAAGCUGCUGCCUGCCCGUCAGUUCGGCUAUGUCAUCCUGACCACCUCUGCUGGUAUCAUGGACCACGAGGAGGCCCGACGAAAGCACGUUGCCGGCAAGAUCAUCGGCUUCUUCUACUAA